AGCUCGCCAUGCCCGAUCCAUCUUGGUGAUCUGCAACCCGCCAAGUGAUUCUGUGGAUGGGAAACCGCAGUUGAAUUAUCGACUCAGGCAUCUCGGUUAAUCCUGCAUCGUUCUUGGGUCCGCCAACAGCUCUGCAAUUGGUCUCGAGUGACCCCCAACCAGGAAAUUAAUGGCGGUGGCAGUGACGUCCAAGUGGAGGAGCCGACGGCAACGUGUCUAUCAGUCUGUGUUCCAGACCGACAUCUCCCAGCCAACGCCCUACUCCACGCCCUCCCUCAGGUUUCCUGAGCAGGGGCAGCCAUUCGGCGGACACCUUCCCAUCUCCCAGCUUGAUCGGCAUCUUUUUCACGCACAUGGUGGCUCAGCCGUUCCGUCUGCCGCCAUCCAAGGGAGCAGCUUCGAGGCACAGCCGACGCAGAGCCAGUUGGGAAACGAACUUGCCCCCCCGGAUGUGAAUGCGUCCUCGUCGAGCCACGUCCAUACCAUCCCAGAUUUCCUUUCCCCAUCACAGCCAUCAGGGGUACCCUUGUUCCCAGUGCAGAACGCAGCGGAAGACCAGAUCCGGUAUGACCGCGCCUGGCAUGUGGUCACCUCUCGGAUUGCGCUUCCGUCCUCCGCGACCGCGGAAGACUCCUUCGGUACCUUAGCUCCGGAGUCGCAAUACCAGUCUCAGAGCUCAAGCGCGAACUCCGAGGCCGAAUUCUAUGAUGCUCUACGGUUGGUUGUCAACGCCCACACGGCACUCCCAUGGGCGGCACACACGGAAGACAUCAUCAUGUGGCACACGCAGCAGGUCCGGAGGCAUUUUUCCCAGCAUGUGAUGCCGCUCUUGUCGGCUUGUACAGAGGGACAAACCGAUGCGGAGGAUUCAGGGGCUGAGGGGGAUGGGAGACGGGGCAACUACUACGAGAAGCACAUGGUUGUCGUCAUGAGCAGCGUUCGUACCCUCGAAGCAGCCCUGAGAUUGUACUCCUAUGGCUUGCAGUUGAUCGUCCGUGGGCUCCAGCGGUUGGGGGCUACUGGCGGAGACAAUACUUCUGCCGACCCCCGGCUCAUGGCAACGCGAUUUCGCAGAGACAUCCACGCCCUCGUCAGUAACUCGGCGUCUCCGAGGCUGAUGAGAUCACUACGUUUUGUGCUCAUACGUCUCAUCGGGGGUAUACUGGGUGUCCCGUCAGGGGAAGUCCAGAACCCCGUGCAUAAUCCUACCUUGGCCCGGCCAGCCCCUCCAUCAGAGAAUGACCUGAAGUCGCUCGCAGCACGGAAGCGGCUGUUUGAACUCAUGGAGCCACUCUAUAAUGUCGGUCUUACGGGCGAAAAAUUCCAGAUUCUGUUUGCCGAAGUCAUGGACGGUAUGAUGUCCGAUUUUGUGCAAGGGGCGUACGCUGGCGUCUGGACGACAUCAAGGCACCAGUCAGGCUUUCCGAGGAGCAAGAUGGGAACCCCGAUAACAGGGCUGCUGGCCACGAACGCAAGCUCUGCGUCCCCUUGCAUUACCUCCCUCUGUGACUGGGUCGAGAACCAUUAUGCACGACUGGCCAUUGAGGUGCUGAGUCGCCUCACAACGGAAUCCCAAUCCUCAAAUCAACCACCAGUCACCCUCGCCGACGUCAAGACCUACCAGUCCCUUGCGCUCGGCCGUCUCGCGGCACUACGCAUCUCCGAACUCUUCGACAUUGUGCUGGCGUGGCCGUCAUCUCGCGGAGCUCUCGACGACCUGCGCGCGGCCAUCACUACGCCUGCGCGCCGGCUGCAGUUGACUGACUCGUUCGCUGAAGCGCUUGAGAGGCGCCUGCUCCAUCCAGGGCGAUCGACGCUCGAGAUCCUGCAGACGUACAUGGCUCUCAUCCGUACCUUCCACACCCUCGACCAGAGCAAGGUCUUGCUGGCGCGCGUAGUACCGAGCCUGGAAUUGUACCUGUGCAGCCGCGAAGAUGCAGUGCGAAUCGUCGUGACGGGACUGUUGGCCUCGCCAGAGGAGAUCCGGGCUGCGAGGAUAGAGAAGGCCCUGAAGGAGCCAGAGGCGUCGAGCAGAGGGGCCGGUUUCAAGGAUGCUGAGGCCGGCCCGUUCAUGACUCCCGCCCUACCCGGUCGGGGCCCCAGUUCGAAACAAGGCACGCCUAGCAGAGAGGCGGCGGAUGACGAAGCGGGAAUCCAAGAGCUUCCCGAGGGCUCGGCAGCUGCCCCCAACCUUCACCCGGGUGACAAGCUCGUGGAACUGGCCCUACUCCUCAACGACCCCGCCCAGAGUCGCCGUGCCAUGGGGCCCGAUGACGACGCAGACCUGGACUGGAGCGACAUGUCGUGGGUUCCGGACCCGGUCGACGCGGGGGCUAACUACAAGCGGGCGCGGAGCGAAGACGUGAUCGGCACAUUGAUAUCAUCGCUGGGAUCGCGAGACGCCUUCAUCCGCGAAUUCCAGGUCAUCGUCGCCGAGCGCCUCCUCACCGACCGGGCGCGCUUCGACCAGGAGAUCCGCGUCCUCAACCUGCUCAAGAAGAGGUUCGGCGAGAGCGCGCUGCAGGACUGUGACGUGAUGGUCAGGGACAUACUGGACUCGAGAAGGCUGAAUGCCACGAUCAGGAAGGGGCGCGGGGACGUGGGUAAACAGCCAGUCGCCGGCACGCCGGCCAACCUGAGACUGAGAGGCAAGGAAGAGAGCGAGGCGGCGGCGGCGGCGCCAUACCAUGCACGGAUCCUCUCCCGGCUGUUCUGGCCAAAUCUCGACCGCGAGCAUUUCCUGCUCCCCGCGCCGGUCGCAGAGCAGCAAAAGGAAUACGAGCAGGGGUACGAGCACCUCAAGUCGUCGCGCAAACUCACGUGGCUCAACCAGCUGGGCCAGGCGACCGUCGAGCUGGAGCUCCAGGACCGGACAGUGACGACCGAGUGCAAGACCUACGAGGCGACGGUCAUCUACGCGUUCCAGGACGACCCGCAAGACUCGAGCAGGCAACCGACGGACGCACCGCGGCCGCCGGCCCGCCGCAGCGUCCAGGACCUCGUAGACCAGCUCCAGAUGGACGACGAUCUCGUCCUCUCGGCGCUCGACUUCUGGGCGUCCAAGGGCGUCCUGCGCCGCUCGCAGGGCGACAUUUACUCCGUCGUCGAGACGCUCUCCGGCCCAACCACGGAUGGCUCCCGGGCCCCGACCGGCGAGAGAGCCUCUCCCACCGCGGUUGGCGCGGACAACGCCGACAACGACGGCGAUGACGACUACCAGCAGCAGCGGGAAGCCAGGGGUAGUCCCCCGAAGGGCCGGGCGGCGGCGGCGGUGGGGGUCGGCAUGGGCGAGAAGGAGCGGGCGCGGCGGCAGAUGUACUGGCAGUACGUGCGGGGGAUGCUGACCAACGCGAAAGCGACGAUGGCGCUGGCGCAGGUGGGCAUGAUGAUGCGGAUGCUGGUGGCCGACGGGUUUCCCUGGGGCGACGAGGAGCUGCAGGGGUUCCUGGGCGAGAAGGUCGCCGAGGGGGAGCUGGAGGUCGUGGGGGGGAAGUAUCGGUUGGUCAAGAAGUAGGGUCGACGGUGCCCUUCUUGUGGCUCUUGAUGCUGCAUGUGGAUGAUGGAUAUCCUGGCUCACUGCUGCUGGGACUGCAUACCUUCUCGCCAAUACAUAUACUUACGUAUGGGUACACUGCCCCUCUAGCUGUUGUUUGAUAGCAAGGGGCAGACCAUUCCCAGACUAGGCUGAGACUGCUGCGCAGGGCGUAUAAUAUAUACCAAACAUACAAUAACA